CCUCGAUUCAUCAAGACAUCGUUUUACCUGCGCCAAGCAACACAACACAACACUUAGAAUUAUUUACACAUUAACUAAUUCGGUAACAGUUUGUGAUUAUAAUUUGGGAUAUUACAUACCUAUUACAAAGUCUUGUUCUGUGUUUGUACAGUGAUUGUCGUUUAGUAUUCGGGUUCGGUAUUGCUUUAAUGAGUUGUCAUUAAAAAUACGGUUCCUUUUAUAGUUUUAUAGGAUGCUAUACUACCUGCUAAUACUAUUGGCAGUGCUUCUGGUGUGGAAUAUCGAGUCCAGAUUUCAAAAAUGGGCUAAAUAUGGAGUCUACGUAGCUUAUUGUUAUUUAGUGCCAUUUUUGAUUCCCCUGUGGCUAUUUAAUCCUGGAGAUAGUGCAAAUGCAUUACUACCAGCCAGGGGUUUUCGAAUAGUAUGUAGACUCUUAGGUGUGAAAUACUCCGUAGAAGGAAAAGAAAACGUAAAUCCCGAUAGCGGGGGAGUAGUCCUGAUUAAUCAUCAAAGUAUUUUAGAUCUUUUAGUUUUAUCCAUUCUAUGGCCGACUAUUCCAAGAUGUUCGACAAUAGCCAAAAAGUCCCUCCUGUACGUCGUACCAAUUGGUUUCGCAAUUGGAUUAUGUGGCGCCAUCUUCAUUGAUAGAGAAAAAUCGUCACAAUCGCACGAAGCUGUCAACAAGACUGCCACACAAAUAAACAAAAGACAGGCUCGAGUACUUAUAUUUCCGGAAGGAACCAGAAACGGCGGUCUAAAACUGCUACCCUUCAAGAAGGGUGCUUUCCAUUUAGCCAUAGCCGCACAAUGUCCCAUCCAACCUGUGGCUGUAUCGAGGUUUACCUUCUUAGGAAAGAAUAAAUUUACCUCAGGAGAAAUUAAGAUUAAGAUUCUUCCCGCGAUUUCUACAAAAAAUUUGACAACAGAAGACAUUCCAAGAUUAAUUGAUGAGACUUACGAACUAAUGUCAAAAACUGUGGACGAAAUCACUCAGUAAAAACCAUAGUGCCAUAAGGAAAAGAAUUGGAUGUGGAUUAUUUUUUAGAAUGUGUGUAAGUGAGAAAUACUUGUGGGGUGCCACUUAGAAUUUUGAACUUGUACUACGCAAUGUUAACAUCUAUUGAUGUCAACACAACUUUUAAAUGGAGUAAAAUAUUUGGUUUUAAAAAAGUUUUUUUUAGCUUUAACUUUAGAUAAAAAAUUUGGAAAAACACAUCGUGUUUUUCCAUAUUUGCUUUAAAUAGAUACCUCUUUUAACGUCAAUAUGUUCUUCAUUAGUUAAAAUGUUAAUUUUUUGACUAUAAACGUUCAUUUUUGCGAGUAAGUCUUUAAAUUUAAGUGGUGCCCUUUGGUUUGACUUAUUUUUAAGAUGUGAGAUACACUUAUACAGUAUUUUGUAUAAGAUAAUAUCAAAUAUGUUUUAUAAUAAUUACAAAUGUUUUGUAGGUAUAUUAGAUAUUUAUAUUUUGUUUUAUUUAUUGUUUUGGUACGUUGUUCUACCUCUUUAGUAAUAAAAGGUUAAGUACUGUA